AUGGCACCAGCUCGUUCUUCCACGCGCCGCGGUCACGGUGCGCACGAUGAAAUACAACUUCCUCCAGACCAGUCCUUCAAUAAUCCUAAUGUCAACAAGGAGCUCUUUAUCGAUCCUAUGCUUGGAACACCCUUGGCUGUGUACAUUGAAAAGGACGUAGAAGACAAGGCCACCCUGGUUAACCUCGUUACGGCCCAUGGAGGGACAGUCGUCACUGGAUAUAGUGGUGUAACAUAUAUUCUUGUCGACCCACAUAAGUCCUCGGGCCAGAAUCUAUACCAACAGUAUGCUCUCAAGAAGGCGAAAUUAGUUCUCGAUGCGAGAUGGAUUCAUGAAUGCAUCAAGGCGAAUCAACUACAUACCUUUCAGACCAACUGGGCCGGGUGUAAAGUUACAGGUAAAGAGCAAGUCUACCAACUUCAACCAACGCGAAACCAUGAUGUAGCGCCCAUGCCUGAGCAACAGAUACAACCGAUGCACACACAGUCAAUCCCCGUGAUUCCGACCGUCGAGCAGAUGGGCUCGUUCCCUUACCCGGUAUAUCCUCCGAUGCACGAGGCUCCAAGAGGCAUGUCCAACGCUCCACCUCAAACAUGGAACGCAUCAGCAGGAAUAGCGCCAUCACAGACACAUAUAAACCCACCUGCUAUUCCACAACCAACGUCAUAUCGACCGUCCCAGCCGUCGCACCAGCCGCAACCACAACCCCUACAAUAUCGUCACUGGGAUGGCUAUCCGCAUCCUCAAGAUGGGAUGUCUGUGCAGCACCCCAGUUACACUCACGAAUUCCGUUAUCGAGAGGAGCAUACGGGUUGGGUCCAACCUCAAAAUGCUUAUUUUGAACAUUCGUACGAUUCCGCAUUUCCUCAAAACUCUGGCUACAUGGACGUUCCGAGCCCUCCCAGUGGUGACCAACAUCCAACGGCCUCUACUUCCCUUGCACCUGCCUCUGCUUCGUCCUCCGAUGCUGUUGCUGGACCCUCGACUGGUAUCGUUGACCAACCUGAUAAACGAGGCAGGAAGCGCACAAGAGCUCCGGCUGUUCCCGCUGUUCCAGCUGCAUCUCUGGUUGUUAAUCGUCAUCCUCCUGCUCGCUCUCCCACGCCUCCUACUCGUGUCAUUAAGAGCACAUAUGGCGGCAAUUUGUUUACUGCUGACGAUAUCAUAUACCUCAAAAAAUACAUUGACUAUUGCCAAGACCAGGGUUUAGUUUUGAGUCUACGCGAGAUUUGCGAGAGAAUAGCAGUCAAAGCUCCUCAUCACACAUUUUAUUCAUGGAGGCGAUACUGCAACAAACACCAGAUUCGGCUCGGCGGAUACACAAUGAACAACGAACGUUCCGAAUCUCCCGGCAUCGAUGAAGACCUGGUACGACAUCUCGAAGAGGAGAUGGAGAUCGAAAUACAAGGCGACGGUGCUGCAUCCUCACACCCCCGCAUGAACGCUAUUCCCGGUCAACCAAUAAACGCAGCUGGGGUGGUCGCUGCACGUCCUUAUAAUAUUGCUUUGCCGCAAAUACAACCGCCAUCUGUGGACAAUCAGGUUCCUCCAAGGCGACGGUCGCCGACGCCGCCCAGGGCGUUGUUCCGUAGUACUACGGGCAAAGGAGUCGCAUUCACGCAGGAGGAUGUUACUUUCUUAAUUAAAUAUAUGGAUUACCGCUCUUCCCAAGGUAGACUGGAUAUGGUGGCAUUCUGGAAGGACGUUGCGACUAAGGCACCACAUCACUCCCGCGCAUCAUGGAUGAAAUUUUGGCGUCGUCACAAACAUGAACUGAAUCGCACACCCACAGACGAGCCUUUACCUGCACCUCCAGAUAAAAAGAUGCGAUACAGCCGCGAAGACGACAUCCUUCUUGCAAAGUUCUUUUUUAACAAGCCUGAGGGAACGCUGGAUAAGCUGUUCCAGGCGUUUGGACGUUUGCACCCACAUCAUCCUUGGAAGGGUUGGCAGGAACAUCAUCGAAUACAUAAAGCCAAGAUUGAUCACUUGAUUGAACGUUUGAAUGCGGGAGAGAGCUUGGAUUCACCGAUGGAGGAAUGA